CAUCGCCACCGCCCGCCUCCCGCCGCCGUCGCCUUCGCCUUCGUUGCCCAGCUCCGCCACCCACCCCAUGGCGGCCGCGGCAUCCUCUCUGCUCGCCGCUGCCGCGUCCUCCUCCUGCGCUGCGGCUGCGCCGUCCGCCCGCCGCGCCGCACGCGCGAAUCCGGCUGGGUGCUCCCUGCCCUCGCCGUCUCGCGCCCCCUGCGCCCCUCUCCGCGCUUCCGCGGCGAGGGCCCUCCGGAGCCGUGUCGUCGUCGCAAGCGCGGCUCCCGCUAUGCAGCCGCCGUCGGCGUCGAGAGUCUCCACGGUGGUCGACGUCGACCUCGGCGACCGGAGCUACCCGAUCUACAUCGGCGCCGGCCUGCUCGACGAGCCUGACCUGCUUCAGAGGCAUGUGCAUGGGAAGAGGGUUCUGGUGGUGACCAACACAACCGUCGCGCCGCUCUACCUGGAGAAGGUGACCUGGGCACUCACGCAUGACAACCCAAAUGUGUCGGUGGAGAGCGUGAUCCUGCCCGACGGCGAGAAGUAUAAGGACAUGGACACACUGAUGAAGGUAUUCGACAAGGCAGUCGAGUCCCGGCUGGACCGCCGAUGCACAUUUGUUGCGCUGGGAGGUGGUGUUAUUGGGGAUAUGUGUGGUUUUGCAGCUGCUGCAUUCCUGCGUGGUGUCAAUUUCAUACAGAUACCCACUACUCUGAUGGCCCAGGUUGAUUCAUCCGUUGGAGGGAAGACCGGCAUUAACCACCCACUGGGGAAGAACUUAAUUGGGGCGUUCUACCAGCCACAGUGUGUGUUGAUAGACACCGAUACACUGAACACAUUGCCUGACAGGGAACUGGCUUCAGGCAUUGCUGAGGUGGUGAAGUAUGGUCUCAUAAGAGACGCACCAUUCUUUGAGUGGCAAGAGAAAAACAUGUCAGCAUUGUUAGCAAGAGAACCAAGUGCUCUGGCCUAUGCUAUUAAGAGGUCAUGUGAAAACAAAGCUGAAGUGGUUGCUCAGGAUGAGAAGGAAAGCGGUCUUCGAGCAACACUUAACCUCGGUCAUACAUUUGGCCAUGCUAUAGAAACAGGAAUUGGCUAUGGAGCAUGGCUCCAUGGGGAGGCUGUUGCAGCUGGAACAGUUAUGGCAGCUGACAUGUCUUACCGCCUAGGUUGGAUAGAUGACUCAAUCAAAAAACGGACAAUUGACAUACUAGAUCAAGCCAAGCUUCCAAUUACACCUCCAGAGGCCAUGACAGUUGAGAAAUUCAAAAGUAUUAUGGCUGUCGAUAAGAAGGUUGCUGAUGGAUUGUUGAGGCUCAUCCUCCUGAAAGGACCUCUAGGAAGCUGUGUUUUCACUGGCGAUUACGACAGGAAUGCCCUCGACGAGACCCUUCGUGCAUUCUGCAAGAGCUGAUUCUUCCCGGUUUGGAACUUCAGUACUGUAUACUAAUAGGCUACAUUAUCAUUUCAGAGAGGAGACUGCAUUGUAUAUGUAUGCUUGGGUUUUUUUUUUGACAGAAAUUAAUGGAGAAUGUGGAUAGGGGAUGGUUUCUGGUUGUAGCGCGUAACGAUUGAUCACUCGUGAUACGGCUGUCCCCAUUGACAAGGAAGGUUUUACUGCAUUUUCCUUGUGGUUGCCAAUUCUUUCACCGGAUUUAAUAAAGAUGUUUCUGUUUUCUUUGAA